GCUAAGUACAAUUAUACUUAAGUUGAAGUGGGAAACACAACUUCCAUUUCAAUUCAAGCAUAAAACCUUUCUAAGCAAAACUAAGGAUUACUCCUACUAUAGACUAUACACUAUUUCUCCUUCCCACCAUUAAAUACAAAAAUAAAUCUAAAUAAGAUAUUAGAUCUCCACCAUUGUUGAGGGAUUUCCGACAGUCAGCGAACAAAUAAAGAAACCCACAAUAAAUAAGAGAGAAAAAGGGUUUGAUUUGAUUGAAAGAUUGGAAAUGGGAAUGGGAAUGGUUGGUCCAUCCGUUUUUGUAAACUUUACUUGCAAAUUAGUUAUGAUCGUCUCUUAAUUUACAAUUUUCCUGUUUUUAAUCUUUCUAUAAAUGAGAAAGUUCAAAUCUUUGUGCUACCCACGUCGAUUUCAGAACUUUAAAUUCAAACCUCAACUGGGAUCAAAAGGGAAUAUGGAAAACCCACAGAGUAGCAAAAUUGGAUUUGAUCAGAAAGGGCAAGGAAAUAGUGGUAGUACAAGCAGUAAUAUUGUCGAAAAUAUUGUAUUUAGCCAUGACUUUGCCGAGGGCAUGCACUCAUGGCACCCCAAUAGCUGUAAGGCAUCGCUAGUAUCGCCUCAGUUUGGAGAAAUUGAAGGGAUGGGAGACACUUAUGCUAGAGUAACAAAUCGGAAAGAAUGUUGGCAAGGAUUGGAGCAAGAUAUAACUAAUCGAGUUGUUCUCGGGACAACUUAUAGUGUUACUGCUUGUGUGGGUGUGUCUGGAGAUCAUAAACCUUUGAACGUUCAAGCCACACUGAAAUUAGAAUCGAAAAGUUCCGACACCAAUUAUUUGUGUAUUGGAAGGAUUUCGGUUUCAGAGAGAAAAUGGGAGACUUUAACAGGCACUUUUACACUUUCCGAAAUUCCUGAUCGUGUUGUGUUCUAUCUUGAGGGACCUCAUCCUGGUGUAGACUUACUCAUCAAGUCUGUAAUCAUUUCUAGGUCCAGCCCCAUGGCGAAUGGAAACACGGAUGAUACAAGAACCGACUUCCAUGAAAACAUUAUAUGGAAUCACGACUUCUUACAAGGUCCGAAUAUGUGGCACCCCAACAAAUGUGACGUCUCAAUCGUUUCAGCUGAGUCCGUAAGUGCUAAAGGAGUGUCAGAAAAAUUAAGUGGUGGUUAUGCCAAAGUUACGGACAGGAAGCAGCAUUGGCAAGGCUUGGAACAAGAUAUAACAAGCCUUGUCUGUUUGGGUUUUACGUAUAAACUUUCCGCACAAGUCGCAGUGUUGGGAACUCCCAAAGCUUGUGAACUUCAAGCCACAUUGAAAUCGGAGUAUGAUGGUUCAGAUAACACCGAGUAUUUGUCCAUUGGAAGGAUUUCGGUCUCAAAUGAACAUUGGGAGACCUUAGAAGGAACUUUUACGCUCGCAACAAUUCCUAAUCAUGCUGUGCUCUAUUUUGAAGGGCCUAAUCCGGGGAUUGAUCUGCUUAUAAAAUCAGUCAAAAUUUCCCGCUUAAACGAAAAAAUGUGUCGGACGACAAGCAGAUGUGCGGAUGGUGGUGACGAGAAUAUAAUUUUAAACCCGACAUUUGAAGAUGGUGUUAAUAAUUGGUCAGGAAGGGGAUGCAAAAUUGUGUUACAUGACUCUAUGGCAGACGGGAAAAUUACACCAAAAUCUGGUAAGUUUUUCGCAGCAGCAACAGAGCGAACUCAAUUUUGGAACGGAAUUCAGCAAGAUAUCACUCCUAGAGUUCAGCGAAAGUUGGCUUACGAGGUUACUGCUAUUGUCCGGAUAUAUGGUAAUAACGUUACUAACUCUGAUGUUCGAGCUACAUUGUGGGUUCAAACACCCGAUAAGCGUGAGCAGUACAUAGGCAUCUCAACUGUGCAGGCAACAGACAAAGAUUGGGCACAGCUUCAAGGAAAGUUUCUUAUUAAUGGGUCCCCGUCAAGUGUUGUUGUUUAUUUGGAAGGACCUCCUGCUGGUACCGACAUCCUCCUUAAUAGUUUGGUCGUAAAACAUGCACCAAAAACUCCUCCAUCCAUUCCACCUGCUGUUCAGAAUGCUGCUUUUGGAGUCAACAUAAUCCAAAACAGUGAACUAAGUGAUGGCACCAACGGCUGGUUUCCUCUCGGAAAUUGUACAUUAAGUGUGGGGAGUGGUUCCCCGCAUAUCCUUCCUCCGAUGGCAAGGGAAUCUCUAGGACCUCACGAGCCCCUGAGUGGUCGUUACAUCCUUGUCACAAAUCGCACGCAGAACUGGAUGGGUCCUGCUCAGAUGAUCACGGACAAGCUGGAGCUCUUUCUUACAUAUCAGGUUUCUGCUUGGGUCAAAGUCGGAUCGACUGCUUCUGGGCCGCAGAAUGUUAAUGUUGCGCUGAGCGUGGACGGUCAGUGGGUCAAUGGGGGCCAAAUUGAGAUCAGUGAUGACAGAUGGCAUGAAAUCGGUGGGUCAUUUAGGAUUGAGAAGCAACCAUCGAAGGUCAUGGUUUAUAUUCAAGGCCCCGGCUCUGGAGUUGAUUUUAUGCUAGGAAGUCUUCAGAUUUUUGCUGUUGAUCGACAAGCUCGGUUCAAACAAUUACGAAGACAGACUGAUAAGAUACGUAAACGUGAUGUGGUAUUGAAAUUUACGGGGGAUAGUACAUUUGGGACCUUCGUUAAAGUCAGACAGACAAAGAACAGCUUCCCGUUUGGUUCCUGCAUAAGUCGAUCAAACAUCGAUAAUGAAGACUUUGUGGCCUUCUUUCUGGAAAACUUCAACUGGGCAGUGUUCGGGAAUGAACUCAAGUGGUACUGGACCGAAGCACAACAAGGAAAUUUGAACUACCAGGAUGCUGAUGAGAUGUUGGAUUUAUGCCAAAAGAACAACAUAGAAGCUAGAGGGCAUUGCAUCUUCUGGGAAGUCGAGGGAACUGUUCAACAGUGGAUUAAAAACCUCAACAAAAAUGACCUUUCGGCUGCAGUCCAAAACCGCCUCACUAGCCUCCUUACUCGUUACAAAGGCAAAUUCAGGCAUUAUGAUGUCAAUAACGAAAUGUUGCAUGGCUCGUUUUACCAGGAUCAUCUAGGUAAAGAUAUUCGAGCAGACAUGUUUAAGACCGCAAACAAAUUAGACCCAUCUGCCCUUUUGUUCGUCAAUGAUUACCAUGUUGAGGACGGAGAUGAUCCAAGAUCAAGCCCCGAAAGGUAUAUCGAUCUUGUAAUGAACUUGCAAGAGCAAGGUGCACCUGUAGGUGGGGUCGGAAUCCAAGGUCAUAUUGAUAAUCCAGUGGGGUCAAUCGUUUGUUCUGCCCUCGAUAAGUUGGGCAUUCUCGGUCUUCCCUUGUGGUUCACAGAGCUCGACGUCUCUUCGAUUAACGAGUUUGUAAGAGCCGAUGAUUUAGAAGUCAUGCUUAGGGAAGCCUUUGCUCAUCCGGCAGUUGAAGGAGUUAUGUUAUGGGGUUUUUGGGAGUUGUUUAUGAGCAGGGAAAACUCGCACCUUGUUAAUGCUGAAGGCGAUAAAAAUGAAGCGGGUAAGAGGUAUCUUCAGCUGAAACGGGAAUGGUUGACUCGUGCUCAUGGUCAUGUUGACGAUGAAGGGAAGUUCGGGUUCAGGGGUUUCCAUGGAAGUUAUGAAAUCGAGGUUCUUAGUCAUGGUAAGAAAGUAACUAAAACAUUUGUGGUUGACAAGGGUGAUUCUCCUUUGGUGUUGUCUAUAGAUUUGUGAUGCUGAUGAAUGUCUAUAAUGGUUUUCUGUUAAGUUGUAUUGUUGGUUUGUUUAACAUAUUCGACCGUUUAUGGCCCCAAAAAAGUAAGGGCGUUAAUAUUAAAUUACGUAGCAUAUGUUAAGUUGUGUUGUUGGUAGUGCUGUUAUUUCUGAAUAUAUUUAUCACUUCUGUAAUUAUAUAUUUUUUACUAUAAGGAUCAAACUCAAGAAAUGAUAAAUUUGUAAGUUUCAAAAUCAAUAAAAUAAUGGAAUUAUGGCGUGUACACGAAAAUCUAGAUCUGUG